AUGAGAAUUUGCACGGACCGGUUUAAGGACAGGCUGGCCGAGAGCGUCAUCCUUGUCAUGAUACAAUUGAUGCAUGACACACCAAAUGGCGUGCAGGAGUUUUUCAUCAAGGUGGUCCCUAUAAUAUACACUGAUAUUCGAGGCCGCACUGUGCAUUCAGAUCAGUACUCUGUCACAGAGCAUUUCAAGAAAUCAGAAUUGACACCCCUUGAUUCUCUUCCUGGAGUUUACUUCUUCUAUGACUUUUCUCCAAUUAAGGUGAUAUUCAAAGAGGAGCCCAUUUCAUUUUUACACUUCAUGGCAAGUGUUUGUGCUAUAAUCGGGGGUAAUUUCACGAUUGCGGGAAUAAUCGAUUCCUACAUAUAACAUGGUCAAAGAGGAAUCAAGAAGGAAGUGGGAAUUGGCAAAUUUGGUUGAUGUUGUCAGUGGCUAUCUGUAACAUUUUCAGGUUUUUUCUUUGUUCUAGAUUUGUAAUAUAUCUGCCAAUCUGGUUGUUCACUCAAAAGUUGUCUUCUUGAGUCAAGGGAAGUUCUUUUUUUUUUUUUUUUUGCCUUCACAAACCUGAUGUUUUAGGCUGUAAAUGUUACACAAUAUGCAUGCUAAGCCCAGAGCUGAAGGCAAAGAGCACACAUUCAACUGCAGCUUAAUUGAUUGAUGCUUGUUACACGUUUUAGAUAGUUUGUACGACGUGAACACUGGAUAGCUGAGACUUUCUUUUUGGUGGAAUAUCAUAAAGCUCUCUCUC